CGCCCGGGGGCGAAUGGACGAGCCCCUGAGUCCCGGCGGCGAUCUGAGCGAGUGGGUUCCAGUUCUCCGAACGUUUUGAAUUUGCUCGCGUUACUCAUUCGGAAGACACGAAGUGGGCCGCCAGGUCUGGGAGAUUUGAAACGCGAGACGCGUUCCUCUCAAGUUUUCGAUUUGGCCUUCGAGAUCCUUCCGCGAAGGGUGGAAGGAAAGGAAGGGCGCGCGCCUGCCUACUGACCCUCUCCACCUCUCUGCAAGGGCCCGACUCCCGCCUGGCGUUACUGUGAACUCCUUCUCAUGGUCUCUGCAGACCGCAGCCUUUUUUGUUAAUAGACGUGGAAACUGAUGCUUGGACGGGGGAUAAAAAGUUCUUUCCCUUACCCACUCAUCCCCAAAGACAUUGCAAAUUUAUCUAGUUGCUAGACACGUGUACGUGCAUAUUCCGCGGAGAAGGGCUUGAUUAUUGGAGAGAACAAUGGGAACUCCUGGGUUUUUAAGACAUUUCCGUGUAUUUCCAAAACUAGCGACCACCAUCCAACACCGGCAGCGUGGGAUUCCUGAAAGGCUCUGGCCAUCCUGUUGCUCCUACAGGCACUUCCAUAGCUGCUUAAAUCGGCUUAACCCGGGUUUAUCCAAACCCUUCGGAAGGCCCACCCAGCUGAUCUGCGGUUCUCUAUCCAGAAGUCUGGUGCUGAGUUCAAAAAGGAGAAAUCCAGAAUUCAGUAGCUUUGUUGCCCGAACCAACACGUGUGGAGAGUUGCGUUCUUCUCAUUUGGGUCAAGAAGUUACUUUGUGCGGAUGGAUCCAGUAUCGAAGACAAAACAUCUUCCUGGUGCUAAGAGAUUUCCACGGGCUUGUUCAAGUUGUCAUUCCCCAGGAUGAGUCAGCUGUGAAGAAGAUUUUAUCUGAAGCCCCAGUGGAAUCUGUGGUACAAGUGUCUGGGACAGUCAUUUCUCGACCUCCAGGACAAGAGAAUCCAAAAAUGCCAACAGGUGAGAUUGAAAUCAAAGUGAAAACAGCUGAGCUGCUGAAUUCCUGCAAGAAGCUGCCCUUUGAAAUUAAAGACUUUGUGAAGAAAACAGAGGCUCUUCGCUUGCAGUAUCGCUACUUAGACUUGCGUAGUUUUCAAAUGCAGUAUAACCUGCGACUGAGGUCCCAGAUGGUUAUGAAAAUGCGGGAAUACCUCUGCAAUCUGCACGGAUUUGUGGAUGUGGAAACGCCAACAUUGUUUAAGAGGACUCCAGGGGGUGCAAAAGAGUUUGUAAUACCAUCCAGGGAGCCUGGCAAGUUUUAUUCUCUCCCUCAGAGUCCUCAACAGUUUAAGCAGCUUUUGAUGGUUGGAGGUUUAGACAGAUAUUUUCAAGUUGCCCGAUGUUACCGGGAUGAAGGUUCGAGACCAGACAGACAGCCUGAGUUUACUCAGAUUGACAUAGAGAUGUCUUUUGUAGACCAGACAGGGAUCCAGAGUCUAAUUGAGGGUUUGCUCCAGUAUUCUUGGCCCAGUGACAAAGAUCCUGUGGUAGUUCCUUUUCCAUCUAUGACUUUUGCUGAGGCCCUGGCCAGCUAUGGAACGGAUAAGCCUGACACUCGCUUUGGGAUGAAGAUUGUAGAUAUCAGUGAUGUGUUCAGAAACACAGAGAUUGAGUUUCUUCAGGAUGCACUUAGUAAACCCCAAGGAAGCGUCAAAGCCAUACGUAUCCCUGAUGGAACAAAAUACUUAAAAAGGAAGGACAUUGAGUCCAUCAAAAAAAUUGCAACUGACCAUUUUAAUCAGGAAGUCUUACCUGUAUUCUUAAAAGCCAAUAGAAAUUGGAAUUCUCCAGUUGUUAAGUUCAUAAAGGAUGAACAGAAUCUGGAACUAAUCAGACUAAUGGAGGUCCAAGAGGAAGAUGUGAUCCUGCUAACUGCUGGAGAGCACAAGAAAGCAUGCUCUUUGUUGGGAAAAUUACGACUGGAAUGUGCUGACCUUCUAGAAGCAAGAGGAGUGUUGCUCCGUGACCCAGCUCUGUUCUCUUUCCUUUGGGUGGUGGAUUUCCCACUUUUCCUUCCAAAGGAAGAAAAUCCUGGAGAACUGGAGUCAGCCCACCACCCAUUUACUGCUCCCCACCCCAGUGACAUUCACCUCCUAUACGCUGAGCCUGAAAAGGUCCGCAGCCAACACUAUGACUUGGUUUUAAACGGCAAUGAGAUUGGAGGUGGUUCUAUCCGAAUUCAUGAUGCAAAGCUACAGCGUUAUAUCCUGGCAACAUUACUAAAGGAAGAUGUAAAACUGCUCUCCCACCUGCUCCAGGCUUUAGACUGUGGGGCGCCCCCUCAUGGAGGAAUUGCUUUAGGGCUAGACAGACUGAUAUGCCUUGUCACUGGAGCACCAAGUAUCAGAGAUGUCAUAGCCUUCCCAAAAUCCUUCCGGGGGCAUGACCUCAUGAGCAAUGCCCCAGAUUCUGUCCCUCCGGAGGAACUGAAGCCCUAUCAUAUCCAGGUCUCCUGGCCAACAGACACAGAAAUGGAAGAGAGCUCGUUGAACCAUUCACACUAUCCAGAGAGCUGAACUUCUGAGUUUUGUCCUCUUUGCUUCCCAAGGCUAAAAUCAGAUCUGCAGGAGGUCUGCCACAGAUCUAACAAUCAAAUCUUUAGGUGGAAGGAACCCAGGCAACAUUCUUCAUCACAAUGAAGAAAAAAAUUUUGAGUUGACAUGCAUUAUUAGGAUUUUUUUGUUUGGAAUUUUGAAGUUCCUUUUUACUUGGAGAGAGAUGAAAGAUUGCUCUUUGUUGGAGUAAUAUGAUGGCUUAGUAUUUUCUAAUCAUGUUUUUCAUACCCAGAUAAUAGAUUGUUUACUUAAGACUGAGUAAUCAAAUCAUGUUUGAUAUGUGGGGAAAUGCUUGCCCUUAUAGACAGUUGGUUGAUAGAGGGUCAAUUUACAAUCCAAGAGAACCCUGUCUGUUAAACUAGGUAGUGAUUUUUCAACUGUGAACAUAACGCAGUGAGAUGAUAUAAUGCAAAAAUCACUGAAGUGAAAAUCACAAAAUCUUGGUGUUUCACCUUGAACUAGCUACAUCACCUGUUUCCACCUCCUUUGCUGCUUAUGUAACAUGGAAACAGUACUUGCCCUGGCUACUUCAUAAGGCUCUGGCCAGAAUCACAGAAUAUGUAUAGAAAAUGAGUGAAAAUGCUUUGAAAAACUAAAGCGUUACACAAGUUUAAGAUAGUAUCUAUUAACUGAUACUAGUACAUCUAUAUGCAUUUUAUAGUUUGAUUAAACAAAACUGAUUUGUUGUAAAACAGUAAUUCCAUGAACCAGUGUUCUAUUUCUAUUAAAAAAAAAAAAUCGCUGAAUAACACGUUCCCCCAGUCAUAGGUAAUUGAAAAUAUUAACUGACCUUAGACUAACCUCAGAUGUAUAAAAAAAUAACAGCUCAUUUCUGAUUUUUUCUGUGGACACAAAAGCUAAUGAAUUAUGAAAUGGGAACAAGGCUUUGAUUAAUGUUUUUGAAUUUUUUUCUACUUGAUCAUCUACUUUUGCCUUGACAUUCUUUUGAUUGAUAAUUUAUGAACACUUAAGUAUCAGUUCUGUAUCCCUGCCUGUGUUUAUAAGUGCUUUAAGCAAUGCAAUACUAUCACCUUUUUGUUUGAAAAUAAAUUCGACUUCCUUUCCAGGAGUAAUCUAUCAUGCCUAAAAGACUUUGUAAAAGGAAAAAAAAAAAUGGCAUCUAUAUCUUUCAGUGCUUUCCCAAGUUGUCCUUUAUAUCUCUUUUUAUCCAGUCUCUCCCCAUUUCUGGGUCUAUUUUAGAGCCAGAAAAUCUUUGCUGGCAGUGUCCUCAUGGGAGAAAAGAUGUCCAAAACUGCCUGCCUUUCUCAGUGGAGAAAACUUCCAGAGAUACCAUUUAUUAAAUUGUAUAGGAGGGGCCUCCCUGGUAGCGCAAGGGGUUAAGUUGCAGCCCUAUGAAGCUAUCCACAGCCAUUGCAAUGAGAGUUCAAUCCCACGCCAGGGAGGUGACCCACAUGGUGCAGCACCCACUGCUCCUGUCAGCAGUGUAUUUCAGUUAAUCCACCUGUUCUGUUACCCCACUAUCUCUGGUGAAUCCUCUCACCCCCACCUCUCUGGCCUGUACCCCAGUUCCUGUAAACAAAUCUUUAAAAAUAAACUAUAUAGGAAAAUACAAUUUUGAACACCUGUCACAUGUUACCGUUAUAAACAAAUUCACUAUUUACUAAAAAGAGCCUGGUGCUGACCAAAAUACUGUAUUUCCAUCCUGGGAAUGAGUUGUAACAGACACCCAAACCCUAGAGACUAUUUUCUAACCUACAAAUACCAAAGCCUCCAGGUCCCAAAUGUCAAUCUGUUGGCAUCUCAGAUACCCUAUUACUUUGGACAUCAUCAGCAUUUUUUUUUGGACCAGCUGUCAGAGAAAAAAAAACUUAUUCUAAAACCCAGAGCAAUGUCACUAAUGUACCCUAACCAAUUAUAAACUGGAAGCCCAGUUUACUUCAAAUCCAACCAACCCAAUUUUCCUGGGGAUUUAGAUUUUUUUUUUAAAGAUUUAUUUAUGCAUACAAGAACAGGGGGUACAGGCCAGAGGUGUGGAGGGUGAGAAGAUUCACCACUGGCAGAGUGGGGAACAGAACAGGCAGACUGACUAAAAUACACUGCUGAGGGGAGCAGUGGGUGAAGCAGGAGAAGUCUGCUGUGCCACGUGGGUCACCUCCUUGGCCAGAGAUAAAACUUGUGCUGCAGUGGCUAUGGAUUGCUUCAUAGUGCUGAGUCUUAACCCCCUGCACCACCAGGGAGGCCCUGGAUUUAGAUUUUUUUAUUCCAACUUUUAAAAAACAAGGUAAGCAACUGCCAGCAACAACACAGUAAUUUAAAGAGAACAUUGUGUUGAGAAUAGUUUCUCCUUUUUGGGAAGAUGGAUGAGUCUAAUGGUAUUAUGUUCUGAGCACUGCUAAAACAAUCCAUCUAUACAGCUGCUCUCUUAUCCCAGAAUUACCCCCUGAAGAAUCAAAACUGUCACAGUGGCCACAUUCCUCAGUGUAUAGAAAACAGUCUCCAGGCUUUGGUUGUCUUUCAUAACUUUUACAUUGCUCAAUGCCAACUGUAGAAACAUUACCUCAAAAUAUAACCAGCAUUUGACUUUCUCAUCUCCAGGCUACCUGAUUCAGGUGACCACCUUCUGCCUCUAUUAAAAGAAAAUCUUCCUGGGCCUCCCUGGUGGCGCAGCGGUUGAGCGCUGGGUUGCGAGGCUGCCUGCGGCCUCUGCGGCG